AUGGGCGGGGAAUCAGCAACCCAAAACAAGCCUAUCUCGGCCUACCCGAUACGCGCACCCAAGCCUGUCGGCCAAAACAUCACCAACAUCUACAAGGAUCGCAUCAGUCAGUUCUACGCAAAAGGACAAUGGGAAAACAACAAUCUCAAUGCCAUGAUGUACGAGGGCGUCGCCUCGGGCGAGCCCCAUGUCAAGUUGUCCGUCUGGGAUGCCCCCGACCAGGAUCGACCAACCUUUGACGAGGCCGUCAAGCACGAGUUCAGAAAGACAGAAGUCGGCGCCCAUUUCGGUCCUGCCUGGUCCACCCACUGGUUCAAGGUCGUCCUCACGGUCCCCAAGGACUUGCGCGAUAAGAGGCUACUCGAACUCCACUGGGACGCCAACAACGAGGGCAUGGUCUGGACGCAUGAUGGCAAGCCGCUCCAGGGCUUGACGGGCGGUGGUGAGCGUACCGAGUGGAUAUUACCAGACUCGUUCCGUGACGGAAAGGAACAUACCAUCUAUAUCGAGAUGGCCUGCAAUGGCAUGUUCGGUGCUGCGGGAGGGGGCGAUAUCAUCCAGCCCCCUGACCCGAACAAGCACUUUCGUCUCGAUAAGGCCGAGAUCGUGGCCGUGAACCCCGAUGCCCGGCAGCUAUACAUCGAUAUCUGGAUCAUUGGCGAUGCAGCACGCGAGUUCCCCAGUGAGUCGUGGGAGCAGCAUCAGGCGCUGAAGACGUGCAAUGAGAUAAUCGAGGCCUUUGAGCUCGGCAAUAAAGACUCCCUUAAAAAGUGUCGGGAGAUUGCUCAGCAGUACCUUGGUCCGGACGUCGACUCGGCCAGGGUAUACGAUACGAAGAAGGGAAAGGAGCCGCUUGUCUUUGGUAUCGGCCAUUGUCACAUUGACAGCUGCUGGCUAUGGCCCUGGGAUGAGACCAAGCGCAAGGUGGCUCGAUCUUGGUCCAACCAGUGUGACCUGAUGGACCGCUACCCAGAGCUCAACUUUGCUUGCUCACAAGCACAGCAAUACAAGUGGUGCAAGACGUUAUACCCCUAUGUCUGGGAACGUGUCAAGAGGAAGGUGUCUGAGGGCCGUUUCCAUCCUAUCGGAGGUAGCUGGGUUGAGCACGACACCAACAUGCCUAGCGGCGAGUCUCUGGUCCGGCAGUUCUUGUACGGCCAGCGCUUCUUUGAGAGCAACUUUGGAAAGAGGUCACAAACGUUCUGGCUGCCCGACACUUUCGGCUAUUCCAGCCAGCUACCCCAGCUCUGCCGCCUUGCUGGCAUGACUCGGUUCCUAACCCAGAAGCUGAGCUGGAACAACAUCAACAAGUUCCCCCACACAACCUUCAACUGGGUCGCCCUCGAUGGCACGCAGGUCAUCUGCCACAUGCCCCCUUCAGAGACAUACACCGCCGAGGCCCACUUUGGCGACGUUAAGCGCAGCAUGUCACAACACAAGUCUCUGGACCAAGACCAUACGUCUUUGCUCGUCUUUGGCAAGGGAGAUGGAGGCGGUGGUCCUACGUGGCAGCACCUAGAGAAGCUUCGUCGCUGCCGCGGUAUCAGUGACACCGUUGGCCUCCUACCGCGCGUGAACUUGGGCGGCUCGGUGGAUGACUUUUUCGAUAGUCUCGAGCGGAAGGCUGAUUCCCUCGUUACCUGGUUUGGCGAGCUGUACUUCGAGCUGCACCGCGGAACAUAUACCACGCAAGCGAACAACAAGAAGUUCAACCGGAAAGCUGAGUUUGUGCUGAGGGAUAUCGAGCAGCUCGCAACGAUUGCCUCGCUCAAGGAUAAAGACUACAAGUAUCCAAAGAAGGAAAUCGAUGAGAUGUGGGAAGCAACGCUGCUCUGCCAGUUCCACGAUUGUCUUCCUGGCAGCUCAAUUGAGAUGUGCUAUGAUGAUUCGGAUAAGCUAUAUGCGCAAAUCUUCAAGACUGGUGAAAGGCUCUUGCAGGAUGCCUGCAAGGCAUUGGGCGUUUUCCAAGUAGAAACCACGAGCAUGGAACGCGGCAUUGCCCUCAACACUCUACCAUGGUAUCGCGAGGAACUUGUCGAGAUUUCCAAGGGUGACUUUGCCCUUGCCAAGGGUGUAGGACCUCUCCUUAAGCUCCAACAGUACGAAAUCAGGCAAGAGGAGGAUGGAGUCAAACUCCACAAGCUUUCCAACGGAGUUUUCGUCCUCGAGAAUAAGCGACUCAAGGUCCGAGUCGAAGCCGGCACCAUCACGUCCCUCUACGACAAAUACGACAGUCGCGAGAUCAUCCCCGAAGGCCAGCGCGCCAACCAAUUCGUCAUCUUCGACGACAAGCCGCUCUACUGGCAAGCCUGGGACGUCGAGAUCUACCACCUCGACACGCGUAAGGAGCUGCAGUCCAGCGAGACCCAAGUGCACGAGGAGAAGACGUACCGCGUCAGCGUCAUCACCAAGACCAAGAUCUCCGACCAGUCCCACAUCUCCACCAUCAUCAGCCUCUCAGCCGCCGUCAACGAGCUCCAGUCCUAUGUCGAAGUCCAAUCCACCGUCGAAUGGCACGAAACCAUGAAAUUCCUCAAGGUCGAAUUCCCCGUCGACAUCCGCAACACGGAAGCCUCGUACGAAACCCAAUUCGGCAUCGUCCGCCGCCCAACCCACUACAACACCUCCUGGGACAUGGCCAAGUUCGAAGUCUGCUGCCACAAGUUCGCCGACCUGUCGGAACACGGCUACGGCGUUUCGAUCCUCAACGAUUCCAAAUACGGCUUCGCCACCACCGGUUCGCUCAUGCGCUUGUCCUUGCUCCGCUCCCCCAAAGCCCCCGACGCCCACGCAGACAUGGGCACGCACACCAUCCGCUGGGCCGUCUUCCCGCACACGGGCUCGCUAGGCGCCAUGACCGUCCGCAAAGCUUACGAGUUCAAUAACCCGCUUAAACUCCUCGAGUCCCCUCAUUCCUUCGCUGCCCUCGACGAACAGGAACCACCCGUCUGGUUCACCGAUAACUCCAACCCAUCCCUCAUCCUCGACACCAUCAAGCGCGCCGAAGACGACGAGGACGUCUCUGUUGAGGACGACGACGGAAGUCCGCUGAAGAAGAAGAAGGGACAGAGCGUGAUUUUGAGGAUAUACGACUCGCUUGGUGGACGCGCGAGGGGAACCAUCGAGACGAGGUGGCCGGUUAAGAGGGUGAGUAAAGUUAACUUGCUGGAGGAUGAGCUGGAGGAGGUGAGCGGGUUUGAUGUGGCGGAGGGGAGGUUUGAGGUUGAUUUGAGGCCGUUUGAGGUUGCUAGUUAUCGGUUGGAGUUGGCUUGA